UUCUUCUUCUUUUCUUCUUCUUCUUCUUCUUCUUCUUCUUCUUCUUCUUCUUCUUCUUGUUCUUCUUCUUCUUCUUCUUCUUCUUCUUCUUCUUCUUCUUCUUCUUGUUCUUGUUCUUGUUCUUUUAGAGGCUUAUAUACCUUCCCAUGCGCCUCAUCGUAGGCUGGCCUUUCUCCACCACCCCCUUGCCCAUCAAAAACCCAAAACCCUAGUCACUGCAACUUCUUCCGCCCCCUUAAAAACCCAGUUCUCCCAAUUUUCGUAUUCCAUCACUAAACCCUAAUCACCCUCCGUCCCCAUGGCCGACGUUCAGCUCCCCCACUCCGAGAAGUCAAAGAAGAAGAAGAGCACCAAGUCCAAGGAUGAAGAAGACGACUCCCCCGCCGCCGUCGAUUUUCUGAUAAAGCCGCAGAGCUUCACCCCCGCUAUCGACACCUCUCAGUGGCCGAUUCUCCUAAAAAACUAUGAGAAACUCAACGUCCGUACCGGCCACUACACCCCUCUCCCCAACGGCUACUCGCCCCUGAAGCGCCCGCUGGCGGAUUAUAUCAAAUACGGCAUCAUCAACCUCGAUAAACCGUCGAAUCCAUCGUCUCACGAAGUCGUCGCCUGGAUUAAGCGCAUUCUGCGCGUCGAGAAAACCGGUCACUCGGGCACGCUCGACCCGAAAGUCACCGGAAACCUAAUCGUCUGCAUCGACCGCGCCACUCGGCUCGUCAAAUCGCAGCAGGGUGCGGGGAAGGAGUACGUCUGCGUCGCGAGGCUGCACUCGAAGGUUCCAGAAGUUUCCAAAGUUGCUCGGGCUCUGGAGACGCUCACAGGCGCGGUGUUUCAGCGGCCUCCGUUGAUCUCCGCCGUCAAGAGGCAGCUCAGGAUAAGGACAAUCUACGAAAGCAAGCUGCUGGAAUACGAUGCUGACAGACAUUUGGUUGUUUUCUGGAUCUCCUGCGAGGCAGGGACCUAUGUUAGAACAAUGUGCGUGCAUUUGGGGUUGCUGUUGGGCGUGGGAAGCCAUAUGCAGGAACUUAGGCGUGUUCGAUCUGGGAUUAUGGGGGAGAAGGAUAACAUGGUGACGAUGCACGACGUGAUGGAUGCGCAGUGGGUGUACGACAAUUACAGAGACGAGACCUAUCUGAGGAGGGCGAUUAUGCCGUUGGAGAUGCUUCUCACGAGCUACAAGAGGCUCGUGGUGAAGGAUUCCGCGGUGAAUGCCAUCUGUUAUGGUGCGAAGCUGAUGAUUCCGGGGCUGCUGAGGUUCGAGAAUGACAUCGAGGCAGGGGAGGAGGUGGUGCUGAUGACCACCAAGGGCGAGGCGAUUGCGUUGGGGAUUGCUGAGAUGACGACCGCGGUGAUGGCUACUUGUGAUCAUGGGACUGUGGCGAAAAUCAAGAGGGUGGUCAUGGACAGGGAUACUUACCCGAGGAAAUGGGGGUUGGGGCCUAGGGCUUCCAUGAAGAAGAAGCUGAUUGCGGAGGGGAAGUUGGACAAGCAUGGGAAGCCGAAUGAGAGCACGCCCGGUGAGUGGAGUAGGAAUGUUGUUUUGCCUGCUGGAGGGGACUCUGUUGUGGCGAGCCUUGCAGCAGCUGUGGAGCCGACCCCUGCGGAAGGUGGUGCUGUCCCUGCUGUUGAGGGUGAGAAGAAAAAGAAGAAGAAGCAUAAGGAAGAUGAGGGAGACGAGGGCCGUAAGCGCAAGUUGGAGGAUGUUGAUGGCAGCCCUGCACCGGAUGCUGCUGUGAAGAAGGCCAAGGUGGAGGCUGAGAAUGUGGCGGUGGAGACUGAGUUGAGCUCGAAGAAGAAGAAAAAGAAGGAUAAGAAGAAGGACGAGGCUGCGCCGUCGGAUGAAGAGAAAUCAGAGAAGAAGAAAAAGAAGGACAAGAAGAAGGAUGAGGCUCCGCCCUCAGAUGAGGAGAAAUCCGAGAAGAAGAAGAAGAAGAAAAAGAAGGAUAAGCACGGAGAAGCUGAAAACGGGGAAAAUGGAGACACAAAUGAAGAUAAAUCUGAGAAGAAGAAGAAAAAAAAGAAGCAAAAGGAUGGUGAGGAGGAGGAGUAGGCGUGAGGACUGAUCCCUGAGCUUCAGUCGCGGUAAUAUGCUAGUGUAUUAUGUGCAUCAUAGUGUAGUCUUGAAGCUUAUUAUCAGAGAUAUUUCACCAUAUGCAGCACCAUGAAUUUGGUUUUUAGCUAUGUGCAAGUUUUGAAGAUUUUCCAAUUUUAGUGCCUUUGUAUUCUAUGGUCUGAAUGUGUUUUGUUUAUGAAAUUGCUUUUGUGGGAUC